GGCCGUCGCCGAAGUCUUGCGCCUGUCGCAGGUACACGAGGGAGCAACCGCCGUCCGUAUACUAACUAGACGUGCAUGCACAAAGCAAGGUCGUCGCGUCACGGGAGAGAGGCCCCGACGACGGAACAACGGCGACGCGGCGGGCGAGAGAAGGCACGCAUGGAACGCCGUUUUCCCGUGAGGAAGCCAUUUCACACCAUGCCUCCCCCGUGCAGCGCGGAAGGAGCCACCGCGGUGCCACGGCGGAGGCAGCAGCGGCUGCACUGCAGCACGAGUUCCGGACGAGCGGCGUAGCGUCACUCGUCGACGGACCCGAACAGCGCCUGCCGAGGAACUGAACCGCGCCGUUUCGCUCGCAGUCGACGAAAGACGGGCGCGAGCAAGGAUCGCCCUUUCACGAUCCUGCACCCUCGGCAAACGGAAGUGAUCAAAGGCCCGCGUGUGGUGCGGCGAGCCCACUAUACUGCGGUGUUACGUGUGCCGUCUGCUUGCUGCGACCUGGGGUGUUGACUAGCAGGACCGCAAGCAACGUCACUGUCGGCGAGCAAACGCCGUCUGCGGAGAGCUGCCGGGAGGGAGUCGUCUGCAAGCGUACGUUGGUCAACUCCGACUCUCUCUCGCACCACGACUCGAGAAGAGCAAGCCUUCCCAGGCUUUGUCUGUGGCGAGGUCAAAGUUGGUGCGUUGCGAGUGCUUUGAGCUAGCGGAAACCCGUUUCCAAUGCCGAACCGUGCGCGUGUGAGUGCACGAGUGAUUUGGCGCCUUUGAGGUUGAAGACGGUUGCGCCCUGACAAACUGAACGUCUAGGCAUACAUUAGCACUGGACGAAAAAAGACCCUGCAAGGACGACAACGAAUCUCGACCACUGUAUGCUGCCGUACAUAGACCUCUUAGUGCAUCCAUAUUGCGGCUCACUUUCUGGUUUCCGGUUGUUUUCGCCGCUACAGGUUCUUGCGUAACGAAUGCCGUCUUGCAGCGGUACUACAACGUGAACUACAACAUACAGUGAGUAUAAGCUCUUGAGUGAACCCUGUUUUCGUUCCGUGGCCCACCUACCACGAGUAGGUGUGAGCGGCUACACUAAAGGGCCUUUAACUCGACGUUUGGGUGCCGUCAGCGAAAGUCUUAGAGGCUCCGUUGUUGCAGUGUCGUCUGCUCACCACUGGCACCGAUGCAGUACCUGGCGCUCGUCCUCAGUAUCGUCGGAGGCACCGUGUUCCUGGGCCUUCUGCUGGCCGCCAUCUGCAGCUACUACUGGAUCUCGCAGAGGCAUUACCCGUGCGCCUGGUCUGCCACGGCAGACGCCAAGUCGGACGUGUACUACAAGAAGACUGGCGACUGGAAGUACAUCCAGAACGGCACCGUCCCGGACGCCGAAGAAGGCGUCGUCACCGACAACGACGAACCGCUGCUCGGUUCCAUCGUGCUGGAAGAGGGUGCCAGCGAAACGGCGCACGACGUACAGUGUGAUGCCGCGGAGUCGACUACUACCGCCCCUUCGAAGAAGGACUCGAGGCACGCAGUGACCUCGUUUAGCAGCUUGGAAAUCGCCUGUGAGAACAAGACUGCGAUGUAGUUUGUGAAUCGGCAUUUGCGAUGUGUUUGUGUAACAGCCAUCACACGCUCUCAAAGUGCGAAGUGUCUCAAAACUUGUGGAUCUUGGACAACACGUGUGUCGUGUCCCUUAGAAGAAAAUUACCAUACCUUGAGCGCUGCAAAUGUUAAGACGCUGUUCAACUGUUUUCUCCAGAGUGCGAUGGUUUGCUAUGCUUGCGACUGUAAAUCCAUCGAUGUCAGCA